AUGCAGAAAAUAGUGGAGUAUUUAGGGUCAGGGAAUAUAUAUAAAUAUGCUGGUAAAUCCGCAGUUAGUUUAUCAAUAGUUGAUUUUAAGGAUAUUACGAAUAUAAUCAUUCCAUUUUUAAAUAAAAAUACUAUAAUAGGUAUAAAACUGAUAAAUUUGAUUUUUAUGCAUAUCCAAAGAUUCUUUAGUUAUUUAAGCUUAUUUACUUUCAUGAUGCUUAUAAUACCAGCAAAUCAAAGUGCUCUUUCAGCAUUUUUAACUAAUAGGGUUGGUGAUUGCUUUUUAACUAUAGGUAUGUUUGCAAUUAUUUUGGCUUUUGGUAAUUUAGAUUAUGCAACAGUAUUCUCAUUAGCUCCUUACAUGAAUGAAAAUCUUGUAACUAUUGUAGGUGUAUGUUUAGUUAUUGGAGCUAUGGCUAAAAGUUCUCAAGUAGGACUCCACGUAUGA